GGAGAAAAAAAACAAAGAGAUAAUUGUCAGUUUACGGCUCACCUGAAGGACUGAAUCCUUCCAUCAGAGCGGCUGUGAAGCGAUGAGUGAAGUUUGUGACAUUUCCGUUUGACCUUUUCUAUCACAGAGGCUUUGAACCGACCCCAGCAGUGAAUAAAAAGAGGUCAGAAUGGGAAGUCGGGAGCUUCUCUGUGCAGAAUCUCUGCUCCGUGGAUCAGGUUAACUGCUUCUCGUUUAAUUCGCUGCAGGACGUUGACUUUCUGUUGACUUUCUGUUGACUCUCUGUUGACUCUGUUGUGUGUUUUCACACUGGAGGCGAUGUCAGGGAAGAUGUGCAGCAGCAGCAACAGCAUCAUUCAGGCUCAGAAACUGGUGGAUCAGCUCCGGGUGGAGGCGAACAUGGAGAGAUUCAAGAUUUCGCUCACAGCAGCAGAUUUAGUCCAGUACUGUCAGGAGCACCGGCGAAGCGACCCUCUGCUGACUGGCAUCGCUGCCUCGUCCAACCCUUUCAAAGACAAGAAGACCUGUGUGCUGCUCUGACACGUCUCAGCA